AACCUUGCUCAUCACGUCGUAAGCAACCAGCCUUCCACUGAAUACACUGCCCUUUAGUGCAAAUAAAAAAUGUCAGUCAAAACGAAGGCGCCAGCAAGCAGAGUGAAGAAGGAACGUUCUGAGUUUGAGUAGAGCACGUCUUUCAACACUUGCCCUCUGCUCUCCUAUUCCCAUUUCUCUUUUCUCAUUCAGUCAUUGUCGCUAACCUGAAACUUCCGGCAUUAUCUCCGGCGAAUCUCGCAGCUCAGUUGCGCCGGAGAACAACUGCUACACUUCUGGAAUGGAGAUCUUGAAGGCACCUUUGAAGGGUGUAGUUGAUGAUGUUCGAGGAAGAGCAAAGUGUUACAAGGAAGAUUGGAUUUCCGGUCUCUGUUCAGGAAUUGGAAUAUUGGCACCGGCUACUUAUAUUUUCUUCGCUUCUGCACUUCCUGUCAUUGCCUUUGGAGAACAGCUCAGUAGAGACACAGAUGGAAGCUUGAGCUCUCUAGAAACACUUGCUUCAACUGCUAUAUGUGGAAUCAUACACUCAAUUAUUGGAGGACAACCUCUGCUGAUAGUAGGAGUUGCAGAACCCACAAUCAUCAUGUACACUUACUUGUACAAUUUUGCUAAAACUAGGAAUGAUUUGGGACGAGAACUUUUCUUGGCUUGGGCUGGAUGGGUUUGUGUUUGGACAGCUUUAUUUUUGUUCCUUCUAGCUAUAUUCAAUGCUGGUGCCAUUGUCAAUAGAUUCACUAGAAUUGCUGGUGAGCUUUUUGGCAUGUUGAUCACAGUCUUGUUCAUUCAAGAGGCUAUCAAGGGAGUGGUGAGUGAGUUUAAGGUUCCGAAAGAGGAAGACCCAACGUCAGAGAAGUACAAAUUUCAGUGGCUAUAUGCAAAUGGAUUACUGGGAAUCAUAUUAACCAUUGGCCUUGUCUUUUCUUCUUUGAAGACCAGAAAAGCCAGAUCAUGGUUCUGCGGAACAGGGAAGUUGAGAAGUUUCAUUGCAGACUAUGGAGUCCCUUUAAUGGUGGUAGUUUGGACUGCUCUUUCUUUCACAGUACCAAGUAAACUUCCUUCUGGUGUUCCCAGAAGGCUCUUUUCUCCUCUUGUUUGGGAAUCUACUUCCAUAUACCAUUGGACGGUUGUCAAAGACAUGGGGAAGGUUCCACCUGCAUAUAUUUUUGCCGCUAUUAUUCCUGCAUUGAUGAUUGCGGGUCUGUACUUCUUUGAUCAUAGUGUUGCUUCUCAAAUGGCACAACAGAAGGAGUUCAAUCUGAAGAAACCUUCUGCCUAUCAUUAUGAUGUGUUGUUGCUAGGAUUCAUGACUUUGCUUUGUGGGUUGCUAGGCUUGCCGCCUUCCAAUGGAGUUCUUCCCCAAUCCCCCAUGCACACCAAAAGCCUCGCUGUUCUCAAGAAGCAGUUUAUUCGAAGGAAGAUGAUGGAAAGUGUGAAGGAAAGCAUAAGACGCAAUGCAAGCAACUCUGAGAUCUAUGGAAGCAUGCAAGCAGUGUUUGUAGAAAUAGACAAAAGGCCACUUUCUGCAGUGGGUAAAGAAUUAAAGGACCUGAAAGAAGCUGUCCUAAAAGGGGAAGAGAAAAAGGAAACAUUUGAUACUGAGGAACACAUUGAUGAACACCUCCCCAUAAGAGUGAACGAGCAAAGAGUGAGCAAUCUCUUACAAGCAAUGCUUGUUGGGGCAUCUGUGUUUGCUAUGCCUAUUAUAAAGAAGAUACCAACUUCAGUCUUGUGGGGAUACUUUGCUUACAUGGCCAUUGACAGUCUUCCUGGAAACCAGUUCUGGGAAAGGAUACUAUUUAUCCUUGCAGCCCCUAAUAGGAGAUACAAGGUGUUGGAAGGGGACCAUGCUUCAUUUCUAGAGACAGUGCCAACGAGAGGCAUAUUGUUCUUCACACUGUUCCAGUGCUUAUAUUUCUUGCUUUGUUUUGGAGUGACAUGGAUUCCCAUAGCAGGAAUCUUGUUUCCUUUGCCCUUCUUUGUGCUCAUCAUAAUAAGGCAGUAUCUGCUUCCCAAGCUCUUCAAUCCUCACCAUUUGAGGGAACUUGAUGCUGCUGAAUAUGAAGAGAUUACUUGCGCACCAAGGCAUUCCUUCAAUCUCUCUUCUCAGGAUGUGGAAUCUAAUGCUUUGGGAUCAUGGGAAAUGGAAGAUGGUGAGAUAUUAGAUGAGACUACAACUGGUAGAGGAGAGAUGAAGGUCAGAAAUGUUUGUUUUGGUGAGGAAAGACAUACACAGGGUUUGCAAGUUUAUCCCGGUGAAGUAGAGGGGGAAAUUCAUUCCAACAUAUAAAGGACUCUGGGGAAAAUGCUAUGAACUUGGUGACAAUGCUGGCUCUGUUGUUUCCUAUGAAAGGAAUACAGAAGAAGCAGAGGACAUCGUCACAUUGAUGAAGAGAAGUCAAACACUUUAUUGUGAAAAAACAAUGAUGAUGGAGCUUGAUGUUAUAAUUGGUACAAUCUAAUUAGAAUUAUAAGCUACAGACAAUUAAGAGUCAUGAAAAUUUCAAUGUAAUAGUUUUAUGACUAAUAGUUCUACCACAUUUUUUAAUAGUCUGAAAA